AUGAUUUAUGAAACAACCAAUAGAAAGUGGUCUUUCUUGGCUUGUUUCUUGAAUACUACUUCCGGAGCACGCCUUGAACUGCGAGCGAAUUUGGUUUAUUUGGGGGGAGAAGAAAAAAAAGGAGAAAUGGAAUCUCCACAGGAUUGGAAACCAGCCAAAAAAAGAGUCAAGGCGCUGUAUGCAAAGAUAAAGGAGCAGGUGGAAUUUUAUUUUGGAGAUUCAAAUUUAGACAAGGACAGAUUCUUUAAGAAACAAAUUGAUAAAUCAAAAGAUGGAAGCAUUCCACUGUCGAUGCUUUUGUCCUUCAAUCGGGUCAAGGCACUCGUAGAAGAUGUCACAGUAUUACAAAAAGCACUUUCCACAUCUACAAUGCUUAAGCUUAAUGAAGAUAAAAGUUCUGUUCGAAGAAUCACCCCUUACUCAAAACCUAAAGAUGUUGACAAGCGAACAGUUUAUGUAGAAUUACUGCCAUCAAAUGUUGACCAUGACUGGAUAAAAGAGAAUUUUUCCCGUGUGGUACUAUUUUUAUAUCAGUAUUCCAAGGUACAAAUCAACUGGUGA